AGCGCCCCUGCAUCCACAGUUGACAGCUCCGGGCAACAUAUCCUGACCAACUGGUCGGCUGCCUUCGCCGUUGAUACAUCGAUCCGCCUAGGCGCACUUCUUAGUUAUUCACAUGGCUGCGCAAGCUUGGAAUCCAUUCUCGUGCUGCGUCCGAGGUGCUGUAACGACCGACGACGACGACAGCUCGUACCGAAGGCGGAGAGGGAACGGCAGCUCGAAGUCGUCUUCGAGAGUGUCGUUCACGAGCCUGAGCUCUGGGACGCUGUCGCCGGAGGACCUGUCCUUGACGCUGUCCGGCUCGAACCUGCACGCGUUCACCUACGCCGAGCUCCGAGCGUCGACGGCGAACUUCUCGCGCGCAAACUACCUCGGCAGCGGCGGGUUCGGCCCGGUGUACAAGGGCACUGUCGACGAUGAGCUCCGGCCGGGGCUGCCCGCACAGUCGGUCGCCGUCAAGUACCUCGACCUGGAGUGCGGAACCCAGGGACACAAGGAGUGGCUGGCAGAGGUUUUCUUUCUUGGUCAACUGAGGCACAAUAAUCUGGUGAAAUUGAUCGGGUACUGCUACGAGAAGGAGCACAGGAUGCUGGUCUACGAGUUCAUGAGCGCUGGCAGCUUGGAGAAACACCUCUUCAAAAGUAUCAGUGACUCUCUACCAUGGAUGACAAGGAUGAAGAUUGCCGUCGGCGCAGCCAAGGGCCUCGCCUUUCUCCAUGAUGCCGACCCACCGGUUAUCUACCGUGACUUCAAGGCCUCCAACAUCUUGCUCGACUCGGACUACAACACAAAAUUAUCUGACUUUGGGUUGGCCAAGGAUGGACCACAGGGUGAGGCGACGCAUGUCACAACACGUGUCAUGGGGACACACGGGUAUGCAGCGCCUGAGUAUAUAACGACGGGUCAUUUGACCGCCAAGAGCGAUGUGUACAGCUUUGGCGUGGUACUUCUAGAGCUCCUAUCAGGGCGGCCAUCGGUGGACCGUGCACGACGACCAAGGGAACAAAACUUGGUGGACUGGUCCAGGCCAUACCUUAAACGAUCCGAUAAGCUGUACCAAGUCAUGGACUCGGCCCUUGAGUGCCAGUACUCGUGUAAGGGUGCUAAGGUGGCUGCAUUGGUGGCCUACAAGUGUCUUAGCCAAAACCCAAAGUCUCGGCCAUCCAUGAGGGAGGUUGUCAAGGCAUUGGAGCCAGUACUAGGCAUGGACGAUUUCUUCCCCGUGGGCUCGUUUAUUUUCACCAUCGUUGUGGAAGAGGACAAGGCGAUAGACAUGAAGGUGGAGGUGGAGGAUAAACAUCAAAACCAUCAAGAUAGGCAUCGACAAAAAUACCCAGAAUCAACAAUUCACGCCGAUAUUAUUCUCCAUGGUCAAAAUGACAAUGCUACUGGAUUCAGUAGUACCUUAAGGCGGCAACAGAGGACAUUAAGUUACCAUAGAGAAAGAGGUUCUUAAUAGUUUGGAGUACAAUAGGGAAGAGAGGUAGGGAUAUAUGAUACAAAUAUGUUUAUGUAUACGAUUGAGAUGGGAUGCAACAUCAGAUAUAUUUCUUUCUUCUUUCCCGGUAGUGCAACAGGUAUUAGAUGAAACAUGUAAUUUUUGGUUUGGAUUUUUACAAGGUUUGUUGUUCAAAGA